GCCUCCCUACUCCUGACUUUUAAUAAGCUAGAGGAAAGGUUGCAAAACUUGACAUUGUCUUAGGAAGAGUCCCCACAGCAAAAAAUAAAGGAAAAUGAGAGAGAGAGAAACUUAGCAGCUUGUUUAUACGGAAACUGCUGAUGGAUUUUUGUUUUUACUUUGAAAUUACACUGUAAAUUUGAAUUCAGAUUGUUUCCUGCUGGGUGGAUAAUGGAAUUCUAAACAUGAGGCAGAUAGCCGAUCAGCUUCCCUGGAUUUCGCUGACGACACAGGAAAGCUUUGCCUGAAGAUGGAAACACUGGAGUCGGAAUUGACCUGCCCUAUCUGUCUGGAGCUGUUUGAGGACCCACUGCUGCUGCCCUGCGCUCACAGCCUCUGUUUCAACUGUGCGCAUCGCAUAUUGGUCUCCCACUGUGCCACCAACGAAUCAGUGGAAUCCAUCACUGCCUUCCAGUGCCCUACUUGUCGUUAUGUCAUCACUCUCAAUCAGCGUGGUCUAGACGGACUGAAGCGCAACGUCACCCUGCAGAAUAUUAUCGACAGAUUUCAGAAAGCUUCAGUGAGUGGGCCCAAUUCUCCUAGUGAAACCCGCCGAGAGCGGGCAUUUGAUAGUAACAGUAUGUCAUCCAGUGAAAAAGUUCUCUGCCAGUUCUGUGACCAGGACCCUGCCCAGGAAGCAGUGAAGACAUGUGUCACUUGCGAGGUAUCCUACUGCGAGGAGUGCCUGAAAGCAACUCACCCGAACAAGAAGCCAUUCACGGGCCACCGUUUGAUAGAGCCUAUUCCGGACUCUCACAUCCGAGGAUUAAUGUGUCUGGAGCAUGAGGACGAGAAAGUUAACAUGUACUGUGUGACUGAUGACCAGUUAAUCUGUGCCUUGUGUAAACUGGUUGGACGGCAUCGUGAUCAUCAGGUGGCGGCUUUGAGCGAGCGCUAUGACAAAUUAAAGGGGGGAAUGGUGGAGCAGCACUCCAGAAGUUCAGAUGCUUUCCCAAGCCUCUCGUCUAAAAACUGGACUAAAAGUCUCAUGCAAACAGGAUGUCAUGAGAUUUCUGUUUCUAGCUGGCAAAAUUUGGAGAAUAACCUCACGAACCUUAUUAAGAGGAAUACUGAACUGGAAACUCUUUUGGCUAAACUUAUUCAAACCUGCCAACAUGUGGAAGUGAAUGCAUCGCGACAAGAAACCAAGCUGACAGAGGAAUGUGACCUGCUCAUUGAAAUAAUCCAACAGAGACGACAAAUUAUUGGAACCAAAAUAAAGGAAGGGAAGGUGGUGAGACUGAGAAAACUGGCUCAGCAGAUUGCAAACUGCAAACAGUGCAUUGAACGCUCUACAUCUCUCAUCUCUCAGGCUGAACAGUCUCUGAAGGAGAAUGAUCAUGCACGCUUCCUGCAGACAGCUAAAAAUAUCACUGAGAGGGUCUCCAUGGCUACUGCAUCCUCCCAGGUGUUAAUCCCUGAAAUUAAUCUCAAUGAUACUUUCGAUACUUUUGCGCUUGAUUUUACCAGGGAGAAAAAAUUGCUGGAAUGCCUCGAUUAUCUUACAGCUCCUAACCCUCCAACCAUUAGAGAAGAGCUCUGUACAGCUUCUUAUGACACAAUCACUGUCCACUGGACCUCAGAUGAUGAAUUCAGUGUGGUCUCAUAUGAGCUGCAAUAUACCAUCUUUACUGGACAAGCUAAUGUAGUUAGUUUAUGCAACUCAGCCGACAGUUGGAUGAUUGUUCCAAAUAUCAAACAAAACCACUACACAGUGCAUGGGUUACAGAGUGGCACUAAGUACAUCUUCAUUGUCAAGGCCAUUAAUCAGGCGGGCAGCCGAAACAGUGAGCCUGGCAAGCUGAAGACAAACAGCCAGCCGUUUAAACUGGACCCCAAGUCUGCCCACAGAAAGUUGAAGGUGUCCCAUGAUAACCUGACAGUGGAGCGUGAUGAAACCUCUUCCAAAAAGAGCCACACACCCGAGCGAUUCACCAGCCAAGGGAGCUAUGGAAUAGCUGGAAAUGUGUUUAUUGACAGUGGACGGCAUUACUGGGAAGUGGUUAUAAGUGGGAGUACAUGGUAUGCAAUUGGUAUUUCUUACAAGACAGCACCAAAACAUGAGUGGAUCGGAAAGAAUUCUGCCUCUUGGGUGCUUUGCCGUUGUAAUAAUGCCUGGGUGGUGAGACAUAACAGCAAAGAAAUUCCUAUAGAGCCUGCUCCUCACCUCCGUCGUGUUGGGAUUUUGCUGGACUACGACAAUGGUUCCCUUGCCUUUUAUGAUGCUUUGAACUCUCUACACCUUUACACUUUUGACAUAACCUUUGCACAGCCCGUGUGCCCCACAUUCACUGUGUGGAAUAAAUGUUUGACAAUUAUAACAGGCCUGCCUAUCCCAGAUCACUUAGACUGCACUGAGCAGCUUCCAUGACUGCUAAAAGCAAAGGGAUAUAAUGUCAGCUUUCCAGUGGACUGCAAAAAUACUGCCCACAGGAGCUAUUUGAAUAUGUGGCGUACAAAACAUCCCUGAUGAUUUCAGCCAGAACUGAAAGUGGGUAUCUCUCUUUGCUGUGUAUUUUGUAUUAAAGAGCAAGAAACGGCUUUAAUAAUUUCUCAGAACUAUUUUGUAUUUAGUCUCUUACAGGAAGAUUUAUAAAUUAUUUAUAUAAAGAACUCCCCAAUUUGGCUAUUUGGAUUACAAUUCAUUGUUUUUGCACAUAAAGGGCCCCAUUCACUAAAGUUUUGCAAGACUUUUUUACAGUUUUAUUUUACAAGGGAAACAAGCAGGAAUUUUGUUUCCUGGAAACUGUGCAGCGGACACAUUGAUAUACUGUUGAUCUUACAUUAAACUCCAAUCUUAUUGUGUGCAACAUCUCUGUGCUUCAGUUUUGCUCACCGGAACGUGCAUACCAAAAAAAUGAAAUAAAAUAAACAAGGAAGGAAAUGGAGUUAUGCAGUACAACAAAAGAAGAAGGGUUUAUUUACUUCUGUUCAGUAAUAGGUCUGCAUGUUAAACUUAUUCACAUAUGGACACAAGAAACAUGGAAUACCUCCUAGAAAUAUCAGUGACUAAAUCAUCCGGUGAUUCUAACCCUAUCAAUGCUUCACUUUUGUCUCUGGGAAGUGCAGUAAGAUCACCAAGGAUUUGUAAGACUGAUAUCAUCUCAGAAAAUCAGCAACAUUGGAGCAGCGCAACCAAUCCAAGGUCCUAAUAUAUCCUGAUUUAAUGAGAAGAUUUGUCAUUUAAGGUUCCAUUAUAAUUGGAGAUGGCUUAGUUCUGACAGU